UUUGGCGGUUUCUCUGGAUCUGUGCUUGCGGGAUUUGGGGGUGCGGAUUGCGGGUGUGCACGCGUGGAUUUAAGUCCAGCUUUGCAGGGAUCUGUAGCGCGAACGGAGACGUGUUGCUAGUGUGUAUCCCGUGCUUACCCUGUUGGAAGAUCUGUUUGCAGUUCUGUUGUCGUCUUGAACCUAAUUAGAGGCAUCAUGGAGGCACCUCCAGUCACCAUGAUGCCAGUCACUGGGGGCACCAUUAACACGAUGGAGUACCUCCUGCAGGGAAGUGUUUUAGACCACAGUCUGGAAAGUCUCAUCCAUCGCCUCCGUGGUCUGUGUGACAACAUGGAGCCCGAGACUUUCCUCGAUCACGAGAUGGUCUUCCUGCUUAAGGGCCAGCAGGCCAGCCCAUUUGUCCUAAGGGCCCGGCGCUCCAUGGACAGGGCAGGGGCGCCCUGGCAUCUUCGUUACCUGGGACAGCCUGAAAUGGGAGACAAGAACCGCCACGCCCUGGUGCGCAACUGUGUGGACAUCGCCACAUCUGAGAACCUCACGGACUUCCUGAUGGAAAUGGGCUUCCGCAUGGACCAUGAGUUUGUCGCCAAAGGACACUUGUUCCGGAAGGGCAUCAUGAAGAUUGUGGUAUACAAGAUUUUCCGAAUCCUGGUCCCAGGGAACACAGACAGCACCGAGGCCCUGUCUCUCUCCUGUCUUGUGGAAUUAAGUGUUGUCGCCCCAGCGGGGCAGGACAUGGUCUCUGAUGACAUGAGGAGCUUUGCAGAGCAGCUCAAGCCUCUGGUUCACCUGGAAAAAAUAGACCCCAAAAGACUGAUGUGAUAAAGACAGUCUAUCCGCCUGGGAGGCCUGCCCUUGCCAGGGAGGUGAGAGGCCUCACAAGUGCCCCAGGUACUGCUGCCAGCUUGGCCUGCUUCCUUCGGGAAGAUGGAUGGGGAGAAUUUGGUUCCUUUGAACUGUUUUCUUCACUUGAUAAUUUCAUUUUCUUUUUCUUUUUCUUUUUUUUUUUUUUCAACAGGGUUUUACCAUGUAGCCCUGGCUUCCUUGGAAUUCGCUACAUAAACUAACUAGCCUGAAACUCAGAGGUCCCUGUACUUCCUGCCUAAGUGCCCUAAGUUAAGGGUCCUUAUUAAACUUGACUGUUCAUCUUCUUGAUAGGCUUUUCCAAGGAAAGACCCAGGAUAACAUAGAGAUUUGUUCAAGUCCUCCCUCCACUCAGAAAGAGGGAACUGGAGUAAAUUAGCUUUUCAGAGGAAACGGUCAAAAAACAACUCUGAUAAUUGUUUCGCUUUUUCUUUUUUUUAGAAAAGCAUUUUCUUAUUCCUUUAUUUAUUUGUCGUUCAUGUUUUUAGUUGUGUUUUGCCAUUAAUAUACAAGGUUUAUAAUGGUGGUGUGAGCUGGCAUUGUGUGGUAAUAAAGACUGAAAAGAGUCAGUUGUGA